UUAAGGGCUAUGCAAAUUUAAUUUAAAUUGAGAGAGAGACGCAGAAAAAGACAGACAGUGAGAGAGUAGGAGGAAGCAGAAGGGAUCUCAGUUAGUUUUCUCAAGCUGUCUGUUCUGAGGAGAGGGUCUGAUCUGAGGGUUCUGGUCUGGGGGGUCUGGUCUAGGGGAUUUGGUCUGGGGGGUCUGGUCUGGAGCCACCAUGAGGUCCAGCACAUGGCUGCUCCCCCUGCUCCUUCUCAGCUCUUCCACCAGCGGUGCGAGCGGGCAGUGUGCGGAGGAGAUUAAGGUGCGCCGCAACCAGGUGCUCGUGGCUCAGGAGGGCGUGCAGCUGGAGGUCGAGUGUCCCGUCAGCUUCUGUUCAGACCCACCGCCCCGUGUCUCAUGGGUGAAAUAUACAAACGGGUCGGACAAAGACAAGCCCGGGUCCGUGUUGGAGAGCAGGUGGGAGGGCCUGUCGAAUAGCUCCGGUGUCUCCUACCUCACCUUCACUCACCUGAUCCUCAACCACUCUGGGGAAUACAGAUGUGAAACCAACUUCACUAAAGGCCAUAUCAUCAACAUCACUGUCACAGGAAGUGCAGAGGUUUCUGUUGAAGAAAAGGACGACCGGCGUGCAGAUCGCGGGGGUCCGGCCCAGCUCCAGCCCUACCUGUGGGCCUCAGCGGGGGUCCUCCUGUGUGUGGUGGUGGUGGUCACUCUGUCACUUGUGUCCCUGCAGCGCUGCCCAGGAGACCCCAGGAGGACGGCGGAGUAUCAGAACACAGUGCUGCCGAUGACUCAGUAUCCAUCAGCGCACUCUAACCCUGGACAAGCCCCUCCCAGUGACACGCCCCUCUCCCUUGCACGCCCCCACCGCCCCGCCCCGAGCCCCCCCACGCCCCACCGGACGUCUCAGCAUGGCCGUCUCUAUGGCAACCGAGGGGAGGAGGAGGAGGAGGAGGAGGAAGAGGAGGAUCAGUCCAUUUGGUACGCGGCCCUGAAUCACGAUGUGAUGCCAGUGGCUCCCAGAGUGCGCCGUAGAGAUAGCUUGCAGGACGUGGAGUACGCAGCCAUCCACGUAGCAUAGCGAUAGCUUGCAGGACGUGGAGUACGCAGCCAUCCACGUAGCAUAGCGAUAGCUUGCAGGACGUGGAGUACGCAGCCAUCCACGUAGCAUAGCGAUGGAGCUAGCACAGGGUUCAUAGCCUCAUCACUGGGCUAUCUUAUGAGUCAACUGAUUAGCCUAACCUCCUAGCUAAUCCACUAGCUAUACGAUUCGCUAAACGGUUAGCUUACACGUUAGCCAACCUAUGAGCUAAAAGAUUAGCUUACCUAUGAGUUAAUGGAGGAAUUCAGUGAUGAGCUAAACUAUGAGAUAACACAUUAGUUAACCUAUUAGCCAGCUGACUAGAUUAAUGAUUAUCUAACCUAUGAGCUCACUGAUUAACUAACCGAUUAGCAAAUCACUAGCUAACCUAUGAGCUCACUGAGUAACUAUACUGUGGACCAGUCAACACCACUGAAAUCACAACACAUACAUGAACCACAUCUUUGCGCUGUUUCUGUUAAAAUUAUUGAUGCAACAAUAUAAAUGCACACUGAAACCAUAACUCAUAAAUGGGUGUGAAAGAUGUUCACAACCCUUUGGCCUUCGUGUUGGUCUUUAUCUUAUGUUAUUAUCUGAAUAAGUUCUACUUUCCAGUUUGUAACCAUUGCCAUCGCAAGCAGUCCAUUGCUUUGAGCAGUGUAAUAUAUGUGUGUAUGUACAUUUAUAUAUAUAUUACAAUAGUAUGUAUGGCAUGUAAAAGAUUAUUACGUGUGUCAAUGAUUAUUCACAUGUUAAUGAAUACUCAACAUGUAACUUAGCUGAUAAUAAUGUACAUAUAUAAUAAUUAACAUGCAUAAUUUGCAGGUAGGCUAUAUGUAAAUUAUCAUUAUAUAUGUACAUUCACACUUUACAUGUAAAUGAUUGUAUAUGUAAAUUAUUUAAGUAUCUACAUUCAAGCUAUACUAACUAUUGUAUAGGAAUAUGAUACAUUAUUAUGAUAUGUUUAAUUAAUUACGACAAAUCAAUUAAUACCAUAUAGGCCUAUGUGAAUGAUAACAUGUACAUUAAUACUGUACAUAUAAAUUAACACUAUGUAAUUAUAUUUUUAACAUAUGUGUAAGUUAUUAACAUGUAUUGUCAUGAUAUAUAAUGAUGACUAUAUCUAAAAUGAUUACGAUGUAUGGUUCAGCAUCUUUGUAAUUUGUGUGUUUAAUACCGAAUGGUAUUAUGUAAUAUGUGUUACGUUAUUUUGUCUGUAUUAUGUUAUAAUGCAUGGACGAUGUGAUUAUGUUUGAAUUAUGUGAUUCGGCACAGCGGUCAUUACCCUGAAAUAAACCGGAAGAUUCAUGAA